AUAUAUAAGUAAUUCCCAACAUUCGUAUCGAUGAUUAUUAUCUAUAACAACGAUAUAAUAAACAAGAGAAUGUUUAAGGUAGUUUUGUUUGCUUUAUUUGUGAUAGCUGUUGUUGCAGCUAAUGAGACCGCAGAAGAUCAAUGGAAAAAAUUCAAGAAAGAUCACAAUAGAAAUUUCGGCGCCGAAGAAGAUGCUAAGAGAUUCGAAAUCUUCAAAAAAAAUUUAGAAAAAAUCGAAGCUCAUAACAAGCUCUACGACGAAGGUAAAAGUACUUAUCAAAUGGGAAUCAACGAUUUUACCGACAUGACAGAAGAGGAGUUUGCCAUCCGAAAUGGAUUGAGACGUCCUCAGCAAUAGUUUAAAUAUAAGGUCAAAUAAAUGUAAAUGGAAACAUAAAAUUUUGUUUUAAUACACCCAGCCAUUAAUAAUAUAAUUAUUCACAGUACAUCACCGUCCAGUCGAACUACUAAAAGUAGUAACUUUACAAUCGAUAUAAAUAUUAAGUUUGUAAAAUAUAUCACGGAGUUGUACGAAAUUCACAGUAGUCAUUUUUUAUUUAUUUAUUCUAGUAAUCAAGAUUUAAAUAACAUAAUUUGUUAUCAACCUCCCACUUAAUUCGAGAAAUUCAAUAAAACCCCCUAAUAUAUU